AUGAAUCAGAGCCUCUUACCAAAGGAGAAUGCGCCUUUGGUAUUUGUUAAUCAAGAUAACGAUAUCUCUGCCUUCACAGAGGAAUCCACGUCCACAACUAAGGUAGAAAAGAAAGCCAAGAAGGAAAGAUUAUCUUUUCUUCCGAUAUCAGCAGCAUUAAUCUUCGGAGUGGUAUAUAUGCUUCCAUUUUGGAAACUAGAUCCCAUUUCACACAGUUGUUUUGCUCUUUUGUGUGCAAUUGCAUUUCUCUGGAGUACAGAAGGUAUUCCUGCUUACGCUGCUGCCUAUAUUGUUCCACUUAUUGGUGUAUGGCUUGGCUUAGGUUACGAUAAGAAUACAGGAAAGAGAAUUCCAGCUGCAACUUUGGCUUCAACAUUCGCAUGGAGAUUUAUGGAUCCAAUUAUAUUCGUUUUCCUUGGCUCCAUGACCAUGAGUGAAUGCUUAUCAAAACUCAACAUUACAGAUCGUGUUUCUCGUCUUGUUUUUCGCAGAUUAUCAAAACAACCGAAAUUUAUUCUUCUUACAUUAAUGCUCCUUAACUGGGCAAUCGCUGCAUUUCUCUCCAAUGUCGCAUCAACAACUCUCGUUCUUACAUUCAGCAUGCCAAUCAUUCGAUCUCUUGAUCCAGAUGAUCCAUUCAUCAAAGCAAUUUUGUUCGGCAUUGCAUGGUCCGGCAAUGCUGGUGGUAUGCCAACAACCAUUGCUUCCCCUCAAAAUAUCCUUGCUGUUAAAUAUGUACACGAUAAUACUCCAAUUUCCAUUUCCUUCCUCUUCUGGAUGUACUUUGGCGUACCAUGCUCACUCGUCAUCCUCUUCCUUGAGUGGGGCUACCUCUUACUCCGCUUCAAACCACAGCGUUCCCAAAUUUACGUCGGAGAAACAGCCGCAGAAUACGAGAAAUGGGGAAUCAAGCACACAUUCGCAUCAAUCAUUACAGUAUCAACAAUUACCCUCUGGACACUUAACGAAACAUUCCCUAAAGUACUCGGAAAUGUCGGAAUUACUUCCAUGAUCCCUGUUGUCACUUUCUUUGGCAGUGGAAUGCUUACAGUACAAGAUUUCCAUACAAUCAGAUGGUCAACACUCGCUCUUAUGGGCGGUGGCCUUGCAUUAGGCGAAGCAAUGAAGAUUUCCGGACUUCUCGACUUAGUCGCGAAAGUUUCUGGUUCAUUACUCGGUGGCAUCCCUCUGUGGCCACUUCUCCUCAUUUUCUUGUUCAUCGAAGCUGUCCUUGCAUCUCUAAUUAACAGUACAUCCGCUGCGGCCAUUCUUUACCCAGUUAUUGCUGUCAUGGGUGCUCCAACACAUCACCCGAACCUUAUGGUCGUUCUCUCCGCCUUGAUGGUUUCUGGUGCUCAGCUCUUCCACAUUUCUUCAUUCCCCAACGCUCUGAUGUCUGGUGUUUGCAGACACAAGCCUGGAAAUGGAGAGGAAGUAACACAGAUCACAUUCCUUGAGGGAUCUGAGUACUUCAAAUAUGGCUGGCCAACUGUGCUCGCUGGAAUAUUUGUCGUAGCAUCUAUUGGCUAUUUCAUCGCUAAGAUAAAGUUAUAA